AUGGAUUUUGAGGCCUAUGGAGACGUUUGAGAAUGUGUUAUAAUCCAGUUUUUGUUUAGAACCCGGAAGCCAACGCUGAAAACGAGAAGAAAAAGAAGAAGAAAGAAAAGAAGGUCAAAGAAGAGGAAGAUCCAAAUAAGGUAGGUUAUUUGGAGAUAAUAACGGUAGAUUUUCCCGGAUUUUGGAUUAAAAUUUAUGGCGGGGCAUCAAUUAUAUUAUCCAUGACUUUUUUGGAUUAAAUUUUUUUUAAUAUACUGAUUUACUGGAAGUUUUUGGAUUGGGAUGGAUUUCUAGCCCUCUAAAAUGGUUUAUCAGACAAUCUGCUUUGGAGUCAUAGAAAAUUUUUAUCGAAAAUCACUUAAAACUAGUGUAAUAUCGAAAUUUGAAUUCUAGCCAAAAACAGCUAAGGACAUCCAAAGAGAGAUGAACCAGUGGGCCAAACGACAAGAGAAAAUCAAGAUGUCCUUCAAUGCGGUCAAGGAUUCGGAUGACAAACCCGCGGUGACAUCAACAGCUGUGAGUUUAGCGGGAAAAUUGAUGAUUUUUAUAUUAUUAUCGGAUUUUUGCGUGGAUUUUAUUGCUAAUUUGGCAGGGAAAUGGAGAUAAAGGGAUAAAUUAGAGGGUGAAUUAUUUUUUGUGCAUUUUUUUGAUCUUGGAGUCGAAAAAAUUAGGAGUUUGAGGAUUUUUGGGCAUAAGGUUGAUACAAUUUUAAAUUUCGUUGUGUUUCCUACGGUAACGUGGACCGCGAAACACGAAUUUAACCCACAAUUACUUACAGAACACUUGGGAGGCAGAUGAAGAAGCGGAUGAGCAAGUGGACGAGGUCUCGACCAGCACCCUCGACAGAAACGGUAUCUAUCAUAUCUUAGUGGUGGCGUGAGAAAAGGGCUCGUUUCUCGCCGAAAACGACCCCAAAUUCAAGUGAAAUUGGAUUUGACACCCGCCACACAGACUCUGGCAACUUUUAAAAGCCACGCGCAGCCCGUUUGCCGGCGGCACUUUGCAAGAAACACAAGUUUUCUAAACCCGAUUUUGGCCCAAAAAUCGCUUUCGUUGAAGGAAUUUCGAACUGACUGUGCCUUAUUCCAGAACCAUCCGAAACCAGAGAACCCAUUCGGUUCGACAUUAAUGAAUUCCUGGACAAGUCUCUAAUCGCGUGCUUGUUGUGCCAACGCCAGUUCAAAAGCCUCGAUGUCCUGGAGAAGCACUGCCAAAAAAGUGAUCUCCAUAAGGUGAGGAGUGGAGAAAUUGGGUUGAAUUUAGGCUUUAGAUCUCGUAUUUUAUUUAGGAUUUGCUGUAGUAGAGGUAUUACUGGAUUUGUCGAGGUUUUGGAUGGAAUUUGUAUCAAAGUUUUGCCUAGUGUAAUAUAAUUUUUUAGAGGUUUUUGGUUUGAAAAUGAGGUUUUGUGGAAUUUUACGAAACCUAACGAAGUUAUAAGACAUUUGGAGUGCCUGGGGGAAAUUUUGAAAUAUUUUUUUGUUUGAUUUUUAUCCUGGUGCCUACUACAAUAUAAAUUCCUCAAUUUCAGACGAAUGUCGCGAAUAAAAUGGCCGAAAUGGGCAUCCAGCUAGGUAACCCCACCACUCAGGAGCCUAAGCCCUCAUUGCCAUAUCGGGACCGGGCUAAAGAACGACGGCAACUUUACGGAAUUGAUCCAGGUAAUGAUUUUUUGAGUUUUUGUCGAAUUUUAGACAGAAUUUUGGAGGUCUUUAUGGUUUACUGGAAAUUUGAGGGCUUGAGGGCGAAAGAAAUGUGAACAAAAAUGAAUUUCAGGGCUUGACGAACUCGGUGGAACACAAUCCGAGGCAAAUAUUGCUGAAGAAGCGGCACAAAAAGCGAUUCGACCCUUGGAUGAGACUAACAUUGGAAAUAAACUCUUGAAGAACAUGGGAUGGCAAGAAGGCACUGGGCUAGGAAAAGCACAACAGGGUAGGUUUGGUCGAGAUUUUUACAUCGAAAAAAGUUUGAUAUGGAUCUAUAAAAUGAUUUAAUUCUAGGCAUUGUAAACCCAAUCGCCGCCGAACAACGCGUCCAAGGCGUUGGCCUCGGUGCCGCCGGCUCGAAGGUUGCGGGAAUGACGUGGAAAGAGCGCGUCAAACAGUCGACUUUGGCACGUUAUCAGGACCUACAGGACAGAGAGCGCUGA